AACUCCAAACACUAAAUCACCCUGCCAUUGAUUUGAAUCAUCUCCUCUUGUCAUGGCAUCUCCAUUUCUUCCACUUGCUCUCAUCAUCUCCCUCAUUUCCACUCUUGCCAAUGCAGCUCAAAGGCCUCCCUCUCCGGGCUACUACCCUAGCUCCCGGUAUCGCACCAUGGCCUUCUAUCAAGGUUAUAGGAAUCUAUGGGGUCCGGCUCACCAGAAUGCGGACAAUAACGGUGCCACCAUUUGGCUAGAUAGAAACUCGGGUGGAUUUAAGUCCGUCAAGCCAUUUCGUUCCGGUUACUUUGGAGCCUCCAUUAAACUCCAGCGUGGUUAUACAGCCGGAGUUAUUACAGCUUUCUAUCUUUCCAACAGUGAAGCUCAUCCGGGCUUCCACGACGAGGUGGACAUCGAGUUUCUUGGGACAACAUUUGGGAAGCCUUAUACUCUUCAAACUAAUGUCUAUGUGAGAGGAAGUGGGGAUGGAAGAAUUGUUGGGAGAGAGAUGAAAUUUCGUUUAUGGUUUGAUCCCACUCAAGAUUUUCAUCAUUAUGCCAUCCUAUGGACCCCUAAAGAAAUCACAUUCUUUGUGGAUGAUGUGCCGAUAAGGAGUUAUCCAAGAAAGAGUGCAACAACAUUUCCACUAAGGCCAAUGUGGGUUUAUGGAUCGAUAUGGGAUGCAUCAUCUUGGGCGACAGAGAAUGGAAAAUAUAAGGUCGAUUACCGCUACCAGCCCUUUGUAGGAAGAUUUACCAACUUCAAGGCCACCGGCUGCACCGCCUACUCCCCGCCCCGCUGCCGCCCUGUAUCUGGCUCCCCGUACCGGUCGGGCCGUCUGACCGGGCAGCAGGCUAGGGCUAUGCAAUGGGUGCAAAGUCACUAUUUGGUAUAUGACUAUUGCAAGGACUAUAAAAGGGACCAUUCCCUUACACCGGAGUGCUGGCGCUAAUUAUUUCGAAUUUUUAUUAUUAAUUACAAUAUUCUUAAAUAAAAAAAAGACUAAAG